CGCUUCCCAAAGGUUCCGGUUUUGGAGCGGCCUGGGAUGUUGAAAUGAAGAUACAUGAGAAGGUUGUCUCCUUUUUUGAAGCCAGCAGCACACCUGUGGACAAAGAAGGAUAUCUCUUUAAGAAGGGCGACAUCAGGCCUUCCUACCACAAGCGCUGGUUCAUUCUGAAGGGAAACCUCCUUUUCUACAAAGACCACCCGGAUGACCGUGACCUCAUCGGAGUCAUUGUUCUGGAGGGCUGCACCGUCCAGCUGUGUGAGUCCGACGAGCAGUUCGCCUUCUCGUUGGUGUGGAGCGAGCCGAGUCUGCGACCCUACAAGUUCGCCGCAGAGGACCAGGCCGGCCAGGAGAGCUGGAUAAAGGCCUUGCUCUCGGCCAACCACGGCUACUUGGCCCUGCUGGUGAUGGACCUGGAGAAGAAGUACAGAGAGACGUUAGAUGCGUUGUUCAGUGACCCCGCCAACAGUGUCGCCACACCAAACCUCCUCACGACAAAAGCCGACCGUCAAUGGAACCCGCGGUCGUCCACAUGGCACGCAGCAGCCGCAGCAGUGUCCUCAGGCCCGAGUGUGAGCUCCAACAGGACCCUCCUAACCCCGUCUAUUCCCCCCAAGUCAGCCAGCAGGAGGUCACCUAAACUGUGGCCCAAGAGGACCGCCAACGUGACGCCUGUCGACGAGCCUGCCCCGCCUGCCGGGGACUGGUCAGCGGUGUGUUCAGGGACACAGGAGGAUUUUGAAAAAUUGCACGAGGACUUUGGAAAGGAAGUAAAGGACCUUAUCGCCGAAUGGUCAAGAAGCAGACAAGUCGGCAAAGCCGCCCUCGAAGAGAAUUUGAUAGAUUUCUGAGUGUCCAAAUACAUUUUUCUAAACCUCAUUUCAAUAUUAGUGACAGCAGUGCAGUAAUUUAAAAAGGGUUUUAUUUUACUUGCAUGUACACUUCAGCACGCACCUUGGACAUAUUUCCAGGUAAAGUGACAUUUUUACUUACAGAACGGUGCUUACCGGUAGUUAUUUUUAGCUGGGAUUUUUAGAUAUUUUAUUAUUUGAUAUUUAAUCUUUUUAUUCAAACAAAAAUGCCCAAAAUAUUCAUAUACCUGUUAUAAGUGUAUAGGAGAUUAGAAUAUACAACAUGACUAUUUACAGUAAAUGACCCAGGAAUGACAUCAGACCAGCUGCCAGAAGAUUUUUGACUACCUAGCUUUUUUUUCCAAUAGGUCCUUAAAAAACAGCAGCACUCCUGUCCGACAGUUUCUUUGACUAUCAUUGGUCUUUAAAAACAGCAGGGACCUCCUGUCAUUAAGAAAAUCUUUGACUAGCAUUUUUUUUUUUUUGCACUAGUUCCUUAAAACAGCAGACGACCUGUCAUAAAGAGGAUCUUUGAGUAGCUGUUUUGCAAUAGGUCCUUAAAAAACAGCAGCACUCCUGUCCGACAGUUUCUUUGACUAGCUUUGGUCUUUAAAAACAGCAGAGAUCUCCUGUCAUGAAGAGAAUCUUUGACUAGCAUUUUUUUUUUUUGUGCAGUAGAUCCUUAAGAACAUCAACGAGCUCCUGUCAUAUAGUUUCUUUGACCAGCGUCGAUCCUUAAAAACAUCAACAGAAUCUUUGAGCAGCACUUCUUUUUUACACUAGUUCCUUAAAACAGCAGACGACCUGUUAUAUAGAGGAUCUUUGAUUAGCUUUUUUGCAAUAGGUCCUUAAAAAACAGCAGCACUCCUUUCCGACAGUUUCUUUGACCAGUGUCAAUCCUUAAAAACAUCAACAGAAUCUUUGACCGGCACUUUUUUACAGUAGUUCCUUAAAACAGCAGACAACCUGUCAUAUAGAGGAUCUUUGAGUAGCUGUUUUGCAAUAGCUCCUUAAAAAACAGCAGCACUCCUGUCCGACAGUUUCUUUGACUAGCGUUGGUCUUUAAAAACAGCAGAGACCUCCUGUCAUUAAGAGAAUCUAUGACGAGCAUUUUUUUUUUUGCAGUAGAUCCUUAAAACAUCAACAAGCUCCUGUCAUAUAGUUUCUUUGACCAGCGUCGAUCCUUAAAAACGUCAACAGAAUCUUUGACCAGCACUUUUUUUUUUUGUUACAGUAGUUCCUUAAAGCAGCAAAUAACCUGCCAUAUAGAGGAUCUUUGACUAGCUUUUUUGCAAUAGGUCCUUAAGACACAGCAGCACUCCUUUCUGACAGUUUCUUUGACUAUCGUUGGUCUUUAAAAACAGCAGAGACCUCCUGUUAUUAAGAGAAUCUAUGACCAGCACUUAUUUUUUUACAGUAGUUCCUUAAAGCAGCAGACAACCUGUCAUACAGAGGAUCUUUGACUAGAUUUUUUGCAAUUCGUCUUCAGAACAGUCUCAAUUAGAGGAUUUUUGACAAGUCUUUAAAAACAGCUGUCCUCCUGUCACGCAGAGAAUCUUUGACUAGUAUUUAUAUGAUUUUUUUACAGUGUCCUUAAAAAAACAAAACUGAGUGCUCCGAUCAGAUGGAAAAUAUUUGACUAGUGUUUUAGGCAAUCGGUUCUUUAAAAGAGCAACGCACUUUUGUGUCAUGUAUUGGGAAUCUUUGACCAGCACUUCUUUUUUUUUUUGUACAGUAGUUCUUUAAAACAGCAGACGACCUGUCCUAUAGAGGAUUUUUGACUAUCUUUUUUAAUAGGUCUUUAAAAACCAGCAUCCUCAUAGCUUAAAAAUACAACAAAACUGAAACAUAUUGUUAAAGAAGAAGUCUUUUGUCACCUUCAUUGUCAUUUUUAGCCACAACAAACAAAUCCACCAGAUAAAAACAUACUUUUACUGAAAAUGUAACAAGUAAUGAUGACUUAUUUGUGUGAUGGAUGCACAUCCAGCUCAGUUGAGAUGACUCCUGUGCUGCAUUGAAGCCAAUUAAAGAUUAGUAGUCCACACAAACCACUAA